UCGCCGAGUGAGUUGCAGGACUUUGGAGGGGAAGGACAUUCCGAGUGUCCCAGAGCCCGAGGAUUCAGCUCCUCUCAUUUUCGUUCUCGAACUCGAAAGUCACCCGUCGCAAAAAUGUCGAUGUACGACGUGUUCGCAGACUUGAAGAACAUCCUGAAGGUGCCUUCGGUAAACACCGACAAUAUGGUCUUUCGCCUGCACUACAAAGCGACCAUGAUUUUGCUGGUCGCUUGCAGCCUUCUGGUCACCCAGAGGCAGUACUUCGGCGACCCCAUCGACUGCGAUGUCACGGGCGUCGACCAGGGCAUCAUGGAUACUUAUUGCUGGAUACAUUCGACGUAUACUAUGCCCAACCUUUCAGGGAAGGUGGGCAAGGACCUGGCCCAUCCAGGGGUGGCUUCUGACUACGAUAUCCAUUCGGGUGACCUCCAUGAGACGAGGCAUCACAAGUAUUACCAGUGGGUCGUGAUCGUCUUGUUCCUUCAGGCCCUCAUGUUCUACAUCCCGAAGUAUAUCUGGACGGUCUUCGAGGGAGGCAAGAUCAAGAUGCUGGCAGCUGAUCUGAAUUCCCCCAUCGUCGACGAUGGCAUGAAGAAAGACCGCAGAGAUAUGCUGGUCAAGUACUUCAGCAACAACGUGAACGCACAGAAUUCAUACGCCUAUAAGUUCUUCACGUGCGAAAUCCUGAACUUCGUCAAUGUCAUCGGUCAGCUGUUUUUCACUGACAGAUUCCUAGGUGGAGAAUUCCUCACCUACGGCACUGACGUCGUCAGAAUCAGCGAGAGCGAACUUGGCUCUCGCAUAGAUGCGAUGGACAAGGUGUUCCCCAAAGUGGCCAAGUGCAACUUCGAGCUUUACGGAGCAUCUGGCAGCCUGAACAAGCACGAUGGCCUUUGCAUCCUGCCUAUCAACAUCCUCAACGAAAAGAUCUACAUUCUCUUGUGGUUCUGGUUCAUCAUCGUCGCCGUAAUGACGGGAGUUGGCAUUCUGUAUCGUGUGGCAACGGUCAUACUGCCCGGGCUUCGCACAAUGCUCCUGAGGGUACGCUCCAAGCUCACUGACCCCACCGACAUCCAAGACGUGGCCCAUAGGAGCGAGAUUGGGGAAUGGUUCCUCCUUUACCAGCUGUCGAAGAACAUCGACCCCCUAAUCUACAAAGAAUUCAUCCACGACCUGGCCAUGAAGAGGCGAGGCAAUGGCCCAAUCUAAGCUGGAAUGGGAAUACCGGAAUGGGAAUAUAUUUAUAUUAGCUUACAUCAAAUCCAACCACUUACUAUCUACUUUGCUGUUCUCGUUAUGUUAAGUAAUGCGAGUAGGGUUUUCAUAAGAUUAACUAUUAAAAAAAACCGGUUGUUUUUGCAAGCAUAAAAACAUACAUUUUAUGUAAACACAUACAAACACAGUUACACACACACACACACACACACACACACACACAUACACACACACACACACACACA